AUGAUCAAACCUAAGAAAUUGGUUAUUCGACGUUCAAGCGAUUUCGCAGGCGGUGGUUUUGGUUUUACAAUUCGUCAUUUUGUUAUUUAUCCACCAUCAGUUUCUGUCAAUGAUAUUUUACGGGCUUCGUACAGUGUGGUGAUCGAUGAACAUCAGCAAAAGCAAUUGGAAGGAAGUGGUGGUGGUGGAGGAGGAGGAGGUAUUACUACAAAUACUACUGGUACAACAUCGUCAAUAGUUUCUCCAAGUAUUUUAUCAACAUCAUCAUCAUCGGGUAGUCGUAUCCAUCAUCAAGGAGAACAACAAGGAUCUUCAUCAUUAUCAUCUUCUUCUUCUUCUCCGAUGAAAACUGUCGGAACCGAUAAUAUCCAAGAUGAUGGAACAACAGUGUCAACUAAUCCCAAUCCAAAUCUUCAAUCAAUGGAUACAAUCUUUGUCAAAGAAGUUCGACAAGAUGGUCCAGCUUAUGCCGCUGGUCUAAGACAAGGUGAUCAAAUUUUAACUGUCAAUGAUCAAUCAAUAAAUGGAAAAACUUAUUCGCAAGUUAUUGCCUUGAUUCAGAAUAUUCCUACAGAACUUAUUCUUAAUAUAAUACCAAAAGAAGAUGACACUCGUACAAUUCUUAAUUCAUCAGAAAAUCUUUAUCAAAAUCUCAAUUCCUCCCGAUUGAAAUCACUUCAAUAUUCACGUUCAUCACCAUAUCAAUCAGCACCAAUCAUGGCAACAAAUAAUACAAUUGAACAGAAAUUACGAAAUCUACAAAUCAAUUUAGCUCAAGGUCGAACACCAGAAGAACUUGCUCAUGUUGGAAUUUAUUUUCCUCCGCCAACUUCAACAUCAGCACCAUCUUCAUCACAACAACCAAAUGCUUUUUCAAACUACAUUGAUUCAGUUCAUCGAGCUUUAGAUUCAUCGAAGCAACAACAACAGUCGCAACCACCUCCACCGCCACCACCACAACAACAGCAACAACAAUCAACAUCUCAAAAUAAAGGAGAUUCUUCGAAUCUUUACUAUGAAUCACCUUAUCAUAAUGAUUAUAUUCCACAUGAUUAUAAACGACAACCAUCAUUUCAAAUCAAUUUCAAUCAACCAAAUGAGCAAAGAAAUUAUCUAACGAAUAUUAUUCGACCACCAGUUCCUCCACGACAAAAUAUUCCAGUAUUAAAUCCCUAUGUAAAUACUCCAUCGAAUCGUUAUGAUGAUUGGUCUCGUCCAACACAUUUUUCGUCACCUGUUUCAACUUCAUUAAUUGAAUCUCAUGAAGAAUUAAAAUCUCCAUCAACAGAUUCGGCCACUACGGAAACUCGAUCUCAAAUUGCAUCGAAUGAAAAAUCUCCGUUAAAUGACAAUGACAUGAAAACCGAGUUUGUUAAUUUUCGUAAGAAACAAUUCGAAACAGGUCAUGUUGAAAAUAUCGUUCGUGAUCCUCAACGUGAAUCGAAAACGAAAAAAUAUUCUGAAAAGAAAAAAUAUGAAAAUGAAUGGAAUCGUCUUACUGCUGUAGCUGACGUCGAAUCUGUUAUGGAACGUGCAUCACAUUUCGAAGAUAUUGAUCCAGAUAAAUUUGCACGAUUAAAAUCUAAACUUCCAACAUCUCCACCAGCACAUGAUAAUCUCGAUUUACAAGACAAUUUUCAUUACGAUUUCAAUCCAAAUUGCCUUUAUGAUUCGCAAAAUCAAUAUAAACUAUUGAAACCAACAGCACGACAAUCGUCGAUUGAUUUGUCAUCUUCAUUACCUAUUCCAAGAGUUGGUGAAUUAAAUAGUAUUGAGUUUAAUUUUGAUCCUCGUUAUAUGAUUCAACCAGUUCGAUCCAAUCAAUCUCAAUCAACAUCAUCCUCACACUAUAAUCCAUUACCAUCGUCUGAAAGUUCACGAUAUUCAUUGGAAAAUUAUUCAAAUCUCCCAUCAACAUCUCGAACGGGAAUGAAUUUAAUUCGUCAACAAUCUUAUAUCACUGCUGUUCGAUCAGCAAAUCAACAUGAACAACCAGAUUUCGUUACACAAUUCGGAAGUCCACCAACAUCCGAACAAGAAAUGAAACAACGUCCUCAAUCUUACAUCUUAAGCACCGAUCAACAUUUAUCUUCAACUCGUGGUGGAUAUAUACCAACGAAUUUCAAUAAUCAACCGAUGACAAGAUCUACAAAUACAUAUGACAUUCUCCCAGAUCAAAAACUAAGAAAUUCUUCUCAACAUCAGGCCCAAGCGAUUAAAAAAUUAAAACAUUUCUUUGGCGAAAAUGCACCACUCUCAACUGAAAUUGAUCAUCGCCCAUCAUUAUCUCAAUCUCCAUUAUCUCCUCCAUCAUCAUCAGGUGGAAGAUCAAAAUCUGAUUCAAUAUUCGAUGGUUCAACACUCGAAGGAACAACAAAUCCUCGUGAAUCAAUUCCAUUAACAACAUUAACGGAUAAUUUAGAAGCAACAAAAGAAGGAAUUCUCUAUUGUAAAACUGUAUUAAAAGACGGACGACGUGCACCCGAUCGAUCAUGGCGUGGAGCAUGGGCAGUUCUUCGACGUGGUGCUCUAUUUCUCGGCAAAGAGAAAAAACAUGGUUUAUUAAUUCCACUUUCAUGUGAUUCCUUUCCAAUUAAUCUUCAAAAUGCUGAUGUGGAAUUAGCAAGUGAUUAUAUUAAAAAGCCACGUGUUUUCAAAGUAACAACAUCGAAUCAAAGUGAAUUUUUAUUUCAAGCACCAGAUAUUCAAUCAUUGAAUGAAUGGUUAGAUGUUAUUAAUGAUAAUUGUUUACAAUCUGAUUCAUUACAAGAUAAUAAUGAGAUGAAAGAUGAAACGAAAUCAAAAUUAGCUUUAUUACCACCUAUGGUACCGUCAACACAUCAUGAACACGAAAGUCUUGAACAACGUAAAUCCAAUACAAAAUCUAAAAUAUCUCUUCGAAGUCCAUCAUUAAAACGUUCUCCAAGUCUUCGUUUCCGUAAAUCUCAAAAAUCUUCCAUAAGUCAACCGACUCAAUCGAUCAUUACAAUGAGUGGAACAAAUUCUCCUCCAAAUGAAGUUAAUGUUACUGCAUCACCUCGUCGAUCAUUUGUUAAAUCAAUUGUGAAAAAAGGCCUUCGUACGUUGAAAUCUUCAUCAUCUUUAUUAACAAGUCAAAUGAGUGGACAAAUCUAUGAUGAAAGUAGUGGAGAAACAUUAACAUCACCAUCGGGUAUUGGAACAAUUUCACAAGGAGUUAAUUUUGGUAUUGAAUUAGAAGAAUGUGAAACAUCAUCUAUUUCACGAUAUAUUCCGAUUGUUGUCGAAAUUUUAACACGACUUGUCGAAUUACGUGGAAUGAAUUAUCAAGGAAUUUAUCGACAUGCCGGAGGAUUAACUGCGGUCAAUUGGUUAGUUAAUGAAUUAGAUAAAGGAUCGGAGAAAAUCGAGUUCAAUUCAGAGAAAUGGUAUGAUAUUAAAGCGGUGGCAUCGACAUUAAAAACAUUUUUUGCCAAAUUACCAGAUUCACUUUUAUCAUCAAAAAUGAGUAGUUUAUGUGUUGAAUCAAGUCGAUUAGAGAAUCAUUGUGAUCGUUUAGUUGAAUUGAAACGACUUGUUGUUCAAUUAGAUGAUUAUCGGUUCGAAACAUUGAAAUAUUUAUGUGCACAUUUUCGAAGAAUUUCAUCAAAAUGUGAUAUUAACAAAAUCGAUGCAAGAAAUUUAGCGAUUAUAUUUGGUCCGACACUAAUCUGGGAUUCCAAAGCUUCUCUACAAUCAAAUCUUGUUGAUAAUCCUGAAAAGAUUCGAAUUGUUGAAUCAUUUAUUUUAUAUUACGAAUGGUUUUUUGAUGAUAAUUCCUAUGAGAAAAUUCCUGUAGAAAUCAAUCCUCAAAUGCCACGUUUACCUCCAGUCAAAAAUCAUCCACCAGUUGAUCCCGAAACUCUAAUUACAAAUGAAACAAAACCAAGUGAAAUUAUUCAAAAUAUUGUUCGUGCAGCUAAACGACGUUGGUCAUCACCGAUUCUUCUUGAAAAACUCUCUUCAUUAACAACAACGAAUUCAGCAACAACUACAAAUAAUGAUCAACAACCAUCUAAACCAAUAAAUAUUUCUGUUAAAAGAAAUCCAUUUCAUCGAUGUUAUUCAUCUGAUAUGUUAAGCAGAAAUGCAGAUGACGAUUAUGUCAAUCUUCGAUCAAAAUCAACAGAUUCAGCACUUUGUUCUAUCAAAUGCAAAAAUUCAAUCAAUCAAAACUUUUCCACACCGUGUCUUUUAGUUCAUGAAAAUGAAAAAAGUUUUUCGGAGAAAACUUCAUUAUUAAAAUCCAAAUUGAAUGAACGUGAACAAAUUCUUGGAAGAUAUCAUGAACAAAUUCAACAAAUCAAUCAUCAUUUAUUUCUCUUGGAUAAAUCUUAUAAAGAAGAUUCGAAGUCUUCUUUACAAUCAUUACCUCCUUGUUAUUCAUCGCUUUAUGCCUUAGAACUUUUGUGA